AGAUUGACGUACGGGGUGAUUGUUGCCGUGUCAAUGCCCGACUCCAGCAGCCAAGCGCCUGGUUUCGGCGGUCAGUGUGUGCGGACGCCGACCGGCGUCGGGGGCGGGGGUUGGUGCCGGGCUGAUGACGCGGAGUACAGGGCCGUGAGUCAGCAGCUGUACGGACCGCCGCUGUAGGCGCGCAGAAGCGCCUUUCGUUCCGCCGAACACAGACUCGGCUACCCGCUUUCCGCACGGUGAACAUGGCGCUCCCCGCAUCCCCGGAUCUGCAGCUGAGCACGGCGGCACAGAGCAGCUCGGUUGGCGGCGGCAGCGAGCGCGACCUGCGCCUCGAAGAGAAGGAGUGGAAAGAGAUAACGCGAAGGGAAGACGACGGCACCUCUCUGCCGCUGCAUUCACCCUGGACCUUUUGGAUUGACAGGUCAUUGCCAGGAACGACAGCAGCGGAGUGUGAAUCGAACCUCAAGAAAAUCUACACUGUUCAAACCAUUCAGUGUUUCUGGAGUGUUUACAACAACAUCCCUGUAGUGUCCUCCUUACCUCUGAGGUGCAGCUACCACUUAAUGAGAGGGGAGAGGAGGCCUCUGUGGGAGGAUGAAAGUAAUGCCAAGGGUGGAGUAUGGAAGAUGAAAGUACCCAAAGAAAGCACUUGUGCGGUUUGGAAAGAAUUGCUGCUGGCUACCAUUGGAGAGCAGUUUACGGAUUAUUGUGCUUCAGAAGAUGAAGUUGUCGGUGUGAGUGUCAGUGUGCGGGACCGAGAAGACGUGGUUCAGGUCUGGAACGGGAACUCUGCCUACGCCAGUGAAGCAAAUAUCCUUGGGAAAAUUUAUGAGCUCCUCCCACAAAUAUCUUUCAAAGCAGUAUUUUAUAAGCCACAUGUGGAGCACCGUGCCUUUGAAGGAGGCCGACCCCGACAUUGAGGUCCAUUCUGGCCCUCAGAAUGAGGCCAUUGGACAGGAAAGGAAAACAACUCCCUCACCGGAGCACUACUCUGCAUCUUUUGGAACCUCACCAGCCGUCUUAAAUGGGCCUGUCCGCCCGCACCUCUGCCGGUAGAUAUGUGCGUGUUUGGCACAGAUGUUAGAUCCCCCUUACAAUGUAUUUCUAGUUAGGUGCUUGUGCGGCGGGCAUUGCGAGAGGACACCUGAAAAUGGAACUAGUAAUCAUAUACAGAGGUGUAUUGUGUGCUUGCAAUGGAAUGAACUGGACUGGUGCCUGGCUUCGGCUGGAAAUGACGUGGGAAAUGGGACGUUCCAUGUAGUCAGAGGGUGCAGGAUGAAUAAGCCAACAAGCCAUCUUGGUGCUGCUCUCUGGAUGCCACACUGGAGAAAGAAAAAAAAUGAAAGAAAAAAACAACAGCUGUUCUCCUCAUGGCUGUGAAAUGGAGAUUGGAUACUGUACACUAAUCUCCCCCCCUCAAUGCAUUUGUGUCUGUCUGUCUGUCUUAUUGAUGAGGAACCAGCACUGCCUCUUUGUUUUGAUAUGGCAUCUGUGUUUGGUGCCAAAGGAUUGUUCACCUUCACAGUGGUGACUCCCAUCUCUACUAUCCAUCUCUACUAUUGUUGAAAAGUGUCAUGGAAUCUUUUUUAGAGGUUUUUUCCAGUGUUGUCACUGGAAAUUACUGCCACGUUUGCCAGUUUUAUUCUAAUUUUGUUUACGGUAGAUGCACCAUGUUCUUAUUCUUAUUGUAUCACUUAUUGAUUCUGGAAAGAGAACUGAUAUUUAAUUUUUAAAAUAUACACCACUGUCAAAUGAUACUUUUUAUAGCAUUAUUAGUUUGGCAUUUGACUUUUUUUUUUUUUUUAAACAAAACAGAAAAUGUCAUAUUCAACGUAAUUUCAGUCGAGUUAUGCUUUUCUUUAAAUUUCUGUAAUUUUGAAUGUAGAAAUGCACGUUACACCCUGUGUCAUGUUGUUGUUAUGCAUAACGUGAAUUAUCCGAUAUUCCAAAAUGAAUGAGUAGAUGCUAGUGAAAAUUGCACGGAAUUGGUAUUAGUUAUGUAUAAAUGUGGUCAAAAUCAUGCCACGUGUUAUGCAAUAUUUGGAGAGAGAUUCAUGAUUUACCAAAAUAUGCACUUUUCCCACUGUGCCACGCUAUUAUGCAAACCCAUGCAAUUGCAACAAUAGUUUUAUCAAGGUGAUUGCUACAGAAACACAUGAUUUUUUUUAACAAUGUUUAUUUAGAACAGACAGUAAAGGUGUUGAAAAGAUUCUUACAUAGAUCAAAAAUGAGUGUUUGAUCCACUGAAUUGGUUAGAUUCUUCAUUUCUCAGGGUAGAUUCCUUCUUGCUGAUGUUGAACUAGCACCCUACAGUUCGUCUUUUGAAGGCAGCUGCUGUUCCGAGGAAAUAUUCUGUUGCUUGAUAAUGCUCCAUAGGUUUCAAAUUGAGCAGAGAUGCUGGCUGUUCCAUCAGAUGGGUGUUUUUGAAGCCCAGUUUCAUCAAGGACUCUUCUGUCUUUCAUGGCAGCAUGUGAUAGAGCGUUAUCAUGCAGGGCUAUCAUUUUCCUUCUUAAUGCCAUGGCACACCGAUCUCUCAGAAAUUCAAUAUAAGCACCAGCAGUCAAAUUUACACCUUCAGGAACUUGCCAAUUACCAAUUAGUGUACUACCAGUUAUUCCAGUGCAAGACCUCAACAUCCUUGCUGGCAUCUGUAGGAGAAGAUAAGGACCGUCAUUUCUGACCCAGCCCUGGUUCCAUCCAUCAGGUCCAUCAGUGAACAUUACAGCUUGGAUGGUUUUUGAGACCAUUCCACAUACUUAACUUUCUGACUGAAAAAUCUGGCUUUACCUACUAGCCAUGGUGUUGGAAUGUCCUGCAUUUUUGUUAGUCUAGAUACAUUUAAUUGCACCAGCUUCGUCAAAUAUCUUUGCAUUUGGCUAAAGGCUUUUUCGUCAGCACUUGUUUAAUGAGAGUUUGCCUUGUGAAACAUCUUUUGUUUUUCUCUUAUGACCUUUUUCUAACCAUGUUCAGUUCUACUGUAUUAUUUUUGGCACAUGUUUUAAUCUUACACCCCCUAAAUUUUAUGUUUUAACAAAUUUGCACAACUUGCUUAGCACUACACAAUUGUGGGGAAAAAGUGGAAAAAUGACAGCAGCUUUUGUACUCUGGUGCAGUAAUCAAUGAAAUUUUCACAUGAUGCAGAUCACAAAAUGUUUUGCAUACUAGCGUGGUACAUAGUGUAUAGAACAGAUAGCUUGAAAUUUGCAGAUUUCCAGUCUGGUGUCAUGUUGCUGUGCAGGGUGCUCCUCUCCUCAGCUGUCCGUUAGUUACACUUUGAUUAUUGACUUAUGUGAAAUAAGUUUGGCAUUUUUCUGAAUUUCUAUUUGGCAAAAUACAUUGUAUGUUUUGUUCAAGGUAUAAAAUAGAUAACCUCUUAAACCAUAUAUAAUCUAACCCUUAUUUCUUUACCAAAGAGGUGAUCUUCCCCCCAAUGUUUUACAUAGCAUGGUAGCUCUACUAAGAACUCCACAGAUGAAACGACUGUACAAUUGCCUAACUCUUUAUUAAACUUCCAGUCAGUUUUUUUCAAAAUUGUAGAAUAUUUUUAUAUUAAUUUCCUAAGAUUUUGAGUAGUCCAAAAUUUAGGAAUAAAUGCAAAGUUUUAAAUGUAUUUCAGAAAGUUACUUUUUGGGGGGUUGUCAAAGCAGACGUGGUAGGUCAGGGAAAAAUGCUUUAGUGACUCAGGUCUAUCAUGUGAGAACACGCCAAAAGCACACUGAUGUCAUCAAGUAGUACCAGAUGUGUUGAGAGGGUCAAGGUUUUCCUCAUUACUGGAACAAUGUUACAAUAGCACACAUCCUUAAUGUGUUUCUCUCAUGUAUUUCUGUGCUAGAUCCUCAGUAAAGCUCUGAGACUUCACAAUGAGUGUAGUUCUGUUAGAAAGGUGCCUUUGUGCUAUCAGGGUUAAAUCCUGGAGUGUGUUGGUUUUAUUUCAGGAUAUUUAAUCUAUUAUAAUGUAAAAAUAAUUUUUGCCUGUAGGUUUUGGGCAAAACUUGAAAAUAAAACAUUGAAUCUAUAA